AUGUAUGAAGUUAAGAAAUUUUCUAGAGACGCUUUGAAGUGGCGUUUUAAAUCUUCAUUUAAAUCAACUGAAUCUUUGGUAAAAGACUCAUCAAUUGCAUCGGAUAGUCAAGAAACUGUUGGACAAACAUCUGAAGCACAAAUAAAAUCUGUUAAUGAUCUAUCAUGUCAAUUUGAAAAAAUGAAAUUGAGGAGAUUUGUUAAGAAUGAUUGUAUAGGGAGUAAAAGAAAGUUUACAUGUAUCAUGUCGCACAACAACAAAUAUUUAUCUAUGUCACCAGUUUUUGCAAUCAGGAAGAACUAUUCUCAAACACCUGAAAAUUCUAAAACUAGAAAAAAGAAUGUUAAUGAAGUUUCAACCAAUUCUCCAAUUUUUUCCUCCUCAAAACGUAAUAUUAAAACACCUCGUUUAUGUGAUAGUGGUAAUAUUCUUAAAAAACUUAGUGACUCAGCCGAAAAUUCUUUUAAAAGUAGAAAAGUAAGAGUUUCAAGGCUGAAAAAAAAUAGUUCCAGUAUUAAACCAAGAGAUCUUUUUGGAGUGAAAGAAAAUAAAAAUAAAAAAGAGAAUAAUGAUGAAAAUGAAAGUUUUUCAAAAAAUGGGUUUAAUGAUAGUGGUAUUAGUUCAAAUGAUUCUUUUUCUUUUAUUGAAGAUCAGCCUGUUCAAGUUGUAGAAAGAAAACCGACAAAAGUUUUAAAACGAAAACGUGACAAUGAACAAACAUCAUCUAAUUCAAGAAUGAAUCAAAAAGUUGAUCUUGAACAGGAAAAGCGUUCGCGUUUAUAA